GGGGUAACAACCACUGCAAGCACUUGCGCCCCCCAUCCUUGGCAGUGAUGUCAAUGCCCAAAAACAAACCUACAGCCCGAGAGCAACCGACUCCAACUGCUCGAGUGAGUGCACACAACACCGCACCGGCAGCAACCAACUCCGUGCCUCAGCACUCACCCCGUCCGGCGUCCCUUCUCUCAACCACGGACUUUCGGCCGGACAGCAUCUCAACCAUCCAGACCCCGGACCUAUCUAUAUCCAGCCACCCGGCGCGAUGGCCGCCGAAACCCCCGCGGCCGACCCGGCCAAGGUGACUGAGGCGAUCAAGGCGAUCCGCGAGGCCCGCCCGCCCACGACUGACCAGUUCACGUAUCUGACCAUCAUUGAGGCCAAUCUCUGCCCGGAAGUGCUCCCGGCGCUCAACGAAGUCCUCCAGGACGCCGAGCUCACGCAGGAGAUCGGAUGGGACCUCGUCUACAACCUGGUCGGCCUGCCUGGCGCCGAGGCCUGUCUCGAGACGGUCGCGCGGCUGGGAAACCCGCGCGAGGUGAUCCUCAAGGUGCUCGAGACGCUCGAGCUCUUGGGUGAUGAUGAGGGUGAGGGUGAGGGCGAGGAUGGGGAUGGGGAUGGGAAUCAGGAAAACCAGCAAACAAAACCACCGUCCCGGUCCGUCUCGUCGACGCACAAGUUCAUCACCCUCCUCGGCAUGCUCGCGAUCCUCCACAGGCGCAUCAGGACUAAGUACCCUAGCCGCUUUCUCACGCAGACGCUGCAGACCGUCUUCAACACGUACCGCCCGCGUCCGGAGAUGACGGCAGCGGUGAUCAACCUGGUGCACAGCCUGUCCGGCAGCCCCCGGCCGCCGCUGCCCACCCGGCAGUCGAGCAUCAACGUGGCCAACCCGGACCAGGACGGCGACGCGUCCAAGAACGCGCCCGACCCGGAGGCCGACGAGCGCGAGGACCCCACCGAGGGCGAGCUGCAGCAGAGGCUGCUGCUGAGCUUCUCCACCUGCAUCCUCGAGGCGUACGUCAACGGCAACAGCAUGGCAUGGGCGGCCCGGCUGCUCGAGUUCUACAACCCGGCCAAGGUCGUGCCGGGGAGGAGGACGCUCAUGGCAGCAUUCAGGAAGGACCAGGAGUUGCUUGAGCGAGAUGCGAUUGUGGGGAAGCUGGUGGCUUUGAUCGGCGACCUCGGCCUCGACUCGUGCUCCAAGACUUUCAUUCACCAGCUCCGCGACGGGCCAAUGCACAGCGAGCCGCUGUCUGAAUCCGGCCAUUUCUCCAGCGCGGAUCAGAUCGCGCUGUCGACGGGCGGCUGCGUGAUCCUGCUCGCCUACUGGGUGUUCUCCGCCGCCGUCUUCAACGCUACGCACCCCGAACCUGAGAUCCACCUCUUCCCCGAACACUACGCCCUGCUGGACAAGUUUUUGCAGGACGACGCGCACGCGCAAAUCCAGAACUCGGUCGGCACCAUCGAGGCGCUCCUCACCGUCGGCCUCUGGCUGCACUUCAACGGCCGCGUCUCGGCCGACCCUACCUCCCCGCUCACCGACCUGGCCACGUCGCCGGAGGACCCGACCUCGGACUUCAUGCGCUAUGUUCACCUCACCACCCUCGUCGCGCUCUACCACCCGCAGCUGCAGGUCCGCAACGCCGCCAGCGUGCUCGCAGGGCUCGUCCUGCACGCCGACCCGUCGGAUGACGACCGGCUCAACAUCCUCGCCGACCUCCUGGAGAACUGCAUGUUUGCCUCGCUCAAAGCGCGCGCCGUUGCCUGGCUGCGCGAGGAGCUCCUCGCCGCUGCCGCCUCGCCCUCCCCUUCUUCCCCAGCCGCCGUCUCACGACCUCCGCCAUCAGCACCUCCACCACAACCACAACCACAAUCACAGCCAAGCGAACAAUCACAACAAGAUGAACCACGACGACAAGAACAGCAGCAGCACACAAACCUCUUCGCCACCCCGCAGGCCCUCGAAACGGUGCAAUAUGCCGUCUUCCCCCCGCUCGCCUCGCUCCUCGACCUGCCCGCGACGGACCUGGCCGAGUACCUGUCCGCCAACAUGCCCUUCCUCAUGCAGGCGGUCAACUUCGCCCUCUUCCUGUGGGGCGGGGCUUCGUCCUCCUCCUCCUCAUCUUCGUCCUCCUCUCCGCCAGCUGCUGGCGACGGCGGCGGCGAGGGCGGUCGGCCGGGAGGAGCAGCAGCAGGCGGCGCCUGGCGACACGUCGUGCCGCCGAGUAUGGAGGCGGCUGUGAGGGAGCGAUGGGUUGAGCCGCUGAGGGUGGUGGUCGAGCGGGUGGUGGAGCGGGAGGGCGGGCAUGGUGGCUUGCUGGAGGGGGAGGUGGGCGUGUUGAGAGAGCGGUUGGGGCGCUUGCGGGGAGCGGCGGUGUCUGUUUAGAGGGGGGAAACCCCUCAUGGCGGCGGGAACUCUUAAGGGUCGGGAAGGACGAUGAGGAGCGGCGAGCUCUG